CGUUGAUAGUCCAGAAGGCAGCUAAAUUGGGAGCAGUUGCUAUUUUCAGCACCAAAGCUGUGAACAGCGUCAGGGGGAGCAUGGAAGGGAGUCCUAGCCGAGGCUGGGUUGUUGCAAGAGGCUGUCGACCAGCUCGAAAUAGGAGCGGAGAGAUGUAGUGGUUGUGACAUCCUCCUGGCAGCAAAGCCAUCGAGACCCGGCUCCCUGCAUCGCUGGACUUGGCGACCAGCCGAUCUCCCUGCUGUGUGCGUGGAUGCAGCGGCCGGGGGAAGAGGGCAAACAUGCGGCACGUGAAUCUUUCUCUCCAUAGGAAAAAGCGUAACAUCCUCCCUGGAGGCGGCUCCCCAAAGCAAGGCACUCUACGCAAGCUCCGAUCAAGACCACUUGAGGCUCCAGAAGAUCCGUGCAGCCGGCACCAAGAAUACCCUCCUCCCAGGGAGCCUAAGACCUCAAGGAUGCCUCAGCUCCGUCUAAGUUUCUCACGGUUGUGAUGUCCCGGUGGAGUUCACCCAUCACGGAGGACCUUCCAUCUUUCUGGGUCUUGUGAAUCGCCUUUCGUCUAAGCUUCCCUGAACCCUUUCCCCCCUUCCCUCUGAGGUUUUCCUAAAGAUUAAAUGGAAAAAGAAAACUGUCUAAGGACGCAGAGCUUCUCUUGCGCUCGUCAUAGUGCUAUUCAAGUCCAGGCUUUCGGAGCAGCAAUCGACCAUCUAGUGGGCACCAUGUUUGUUCAGUGAAAUCCAAGGCCCCACCUGAGAUACUAACAUGUUCAGUGACAAGAACAGCACUCCUUUGUCCCAGAAGCCAAGCAAGAAGAAAACAAGGCCACAGGGUCUCCCUUCCCCAGCUCUUUGCUGCGCCUGUGGACUGUGCAUCAUGCUCGCAGGCAUUAACAUCACCCUGGUGGGAGCGUUUGCUUUUGGGACAUUCUUGCCUGUCAACAACCCUCCCAUUGUCAUCGGUCCCAUCCUUUUGGUUGUGGCAUUCACUUUCUUUGGGGCGUGCUGCAUCUGCAGCCGGAGACCUCCUGCUCACGGUGCAAGGAAAUCCAAACCGGGGGCCAAUAUGGGGCUCAUCAAACCUGGGAGCACAGCUUUUGAAAUUGAAACCAGCGAGCACACAGUUCAAGACACCACGGCUGUGCAACUGAGCCCAACCAACUCCCCCAUGUCCUCCAAAAGGUCUACCCCUGUUCACGAGAAUUCAAAGACCUGCAAACUUUUUACAAUGGAUAGCAAUGGGCCGGCGGCCAAAUACAUAGCAGGUGGAGAAUCCAUACAACUGAAUUUGCCCAGAGACAUGGGCAUGUCAUAAAGCCAAACUGGAGAAUAUUUAUGAGUAGCUGGGCAGCAGGCACUUCAGCAUGUGACCAGAUGGUUAGAUGAGCUUGCAGCACACCAAGCAUCUGGGAUCCAAUUUAGUGUUGGCCGACACGUGCAUCAGAAUAUGUUGAGAAAUUUAAGGGAAAGGCAUAAUAAAGUAGCAAUUACUUAGAAAUCAAUGCACAGCUGAAGUGGGAAGUGCCAGGCACUUGUGUGGAAGGACUGGAUUUUGAGCAAUGAAAUUAAAGUGAAAGAUGGCACAUACGAAUCAGCAGGGCACAGCUACUGAAAACAGCACAGCCUCUGGAUCUCAUUCAUUAUUUUAAUGGAUUUAUAAAUGAUAAUAUGGUGGUCAGAGUCUGAUGAUACAAGAACAGUGGGAAAUUUAUAGAUUAUGGUUAUUUUUUUAGAAGGAAUGUGGAUUGUAAUGAACAUUGAACAAGGAGAAGAAAAUUGGCACUCAGAUUUAAUGAGGUUGAUUUGUUUUCUUAUUCUGAGGUCAGUGCUUCUUGAGUGCAAUUUAAAAUCCAUCUGGCCUCUUGUUUUGCCCUGCCUUCACACUUUCCUCCUUUUCACUGCUUGCUGCAAAAGUCACUGGAAGUUCCACACAUAAAUAUCGCCUUGAUUGACCUCCCUCCAUCCUCUGGUUUUCAGAUUCAUGUUUCGGUUGUGCCACUGGCAGCAGGCUCGGCUGCGUUGGGUUGGGUUUCAGAUGGUUCUACAGAGGAUGUGCAGGGUAGCAAUGGGCAGAGUUGCAAGGUUACAGAGAAAACAGGAGGAGAAAUCAUGGAAAGACUUUAUAUAACAGGAAGUGGGACAAAACAACGUUUUAUAACUAGCUUGCGACCAGCAGGCUCAUCUGAACAUCCACCCAUUUGGGAGGAAAAUGGCUUGACCAAGAUUUGACCUCUGAAACAUGGAUAUGUAUAAUAAGGAGACAUGUGCAGAAAUAUAUGGUGACAAACAUUAGUGCACAUAAUGGAAAUUUUGAUCUCUUUACAUCUUAAGAAGAGUCUUAAAUUUGGGGAAAAUAAUCACUCAAAGCCCUUCUUAUGCAACUACUCUAUGAUAUUGAUUGUGAAUGAGAGAAUGAACAUGUUCUCCUCUGCUUGUAUCAAAAUACCAGACAACACAGUGAUUUCAGGGUUAGAUGAUCCCUUCCUGAGGUCAUUAGAAUUGACGAUGCUUCAGAGAAAUAUGUUGUGUGUUGGUUGUCCAAUCAAUGGCCUCAAUCUAACUCAGAAAGAUUAAUUUUUUUAACUUGCAGAUAUUAUUUGUCCCCUAAAAGAAAAGUGGCCUAUUUAGCUGAGACUUCCACAUUUUGCUUGGGAGCAUUUUUUUUACUGUAAUAAGAGGAGCGAUACAGACUAGGCUAUAGUAGGGAUGCUCAUGACAUUUCCCCCAUCUGAAUUUCUCACCAAAUGUUGGUGUUCCAAACUUCUUGCAGUGAUGCCGAUGUGUUUGUGAUUCUUCCGGUCUUGAUUUCUGGCCUUUUAAAAAAGACUAUUGGGCAUGUACAAAUUGCUGGUUCCCCAACCCCUUGUUUUCACCUUCUUAUGUUUUGCCCUUGCAUGUCAUCAGUCCACACUGAACAUUAAGGAAGAUAUUGGGCAACAAACCAUUAUAACCUGGGGUCAUGCCUUUCUUCUGUGUGCAGUGACUGAAGGAAGGGGAAUGCAAUGUGAAGGGAAAGUCAGAGGGGAGUAAGAAUUGCUGGGAGACAAUGAUGGUGAAAGAGACAGAUGCAGGAGGAAAUGGCAAGGGGUGGGGUGGCACCACAGGCCUGUAUUGGGAUGGAGCGGGGUUGGGGCAAGGCACCAGCGAGGUUGAGGCAGGUGCAACAGAAAGAGCACUGGAUUGGCUCCACCAGUGCAUCUGCGCCACCUGCCACCCUACAUCACUUUAUCCCAGUAUGUAGUAGUGAGAGUGCUGCUGGGAGACCAUGUUCACAGCACCACCCCUUCUCUACCAACCACUCUAACAAAGAAGAGAAUAAAUUAGUGCAGAAGAGCAGAAAAGAAGAUCUAAGGGAAUGCUCCUAUGCUCCCUAGAGUUGGUCUAUUUGACUCCCUCCAAUUUGGGUUCAGUGAAUAAAAUAAGGCACAUCCUCCACAUCUUCUGUUCUGUUUGGCAUGAGCCAAUGGUGCUGGCUCUGUUGUACAUCUGUCAGAAAGGUAGGCUUGCCCCACAGUAAUCUUAUGUGGUUUUUUUCAGAAGUCCCACUAAGUUCAGUAGGUUGUAUCUGACUUAUCCUCAUAGUAGACCCACCGAAAUCGAAGGAGAAGUUAGUCUGUCCAACUUAAGUCCAUUAAUUUUAAUGGGUCUGCAUAUCAAUGAUGUCAGUGAGUCUGUGUUCAAUGAGUAUGACUUAGGUGGAUACAACCCACAAGGUCUUACACCCUAGUAAAUAGGUUCAUUUUCUGCACUGUUGAUAGUUAUCAUUUAUUUGUUUACUGUGCAUAUUUGUGUUAUAAAAGGGAUAUUUCUCAAGGGUCCAUCAGUUGCUUGCCACCUCUUACCUCGAACUGAAAAGGUAUGUUUUACAACAGAAAGAAAUUCUGAGGCAAUCAUUCUGUCUCUCACCAGUAACCUGUUAAGGAAGGUGACAUGUAAACCAAAAAGUGCAGCAAAGUACAUAAGCACCAAUCUUCCUGAAACUGAUAGUGGAAGUUCCUCAAGAGAAGCUGAUACAGUAUGAUUGAAGUAAGUGGCUGAACCCACUCAUGGAACCAUGCCUGAAUGAAUGGGGUACACUGGCCCAUCUCUCAUACCAAGGGGGUUCACACAGGAACUCCUGCAACUUUGGGGACUACAGGGUUGUGUGUCUCAUAGUUGGGGAACAUGUGACCAGUGGGGUAGGCGGCUGCUGGCCUGCACCAGUCCCCCUCAUGUAUGCUUUUAAGGUGUGAGGGGGUUAAUCUGAACCUUCCAGAGAGAAGAGAGAUUUAGAAUCCAUUCACAUUUGGAAGAAUAUUCUUCAAAGACAACUUUCAUAGUCUAAGAUGCAGCCCUAACUAACAAGAUGCUCCCUACAAGUGUAUCCUGAGAAGUUGGAUGUAAUAAGAUCCAAGUGCUUAUUAUGCUAGUACUUAAUUGUUGUUGAGAUUUAACACUGUAAAUGCACCCUGAAAUUAGCACAAAUUGCAGCAAAGAAAAGAGCCAGAAAUAUGUGAUGAUGCAUUGUUUUAGUGGUAAGCCCAUGCAUGUUAAGGUUGACUACUAAAUGUUAGUAAUUUUCUUCAUUGUCACCUUGAUCUAAAUAUUUUCUUCAGUACAUCAUGGAGAAAAAUGAUAUUGCCCAUUUUAGGGAGGUCUACAUUUAAGGUCCUUAUCGUCAAUCUGUACAACAAGUUGCUUAACUCCAUUUUCUUCUAAUGGUGGAGAACUUUGAAGCAAUCCAAAAGCAAGUGGAUUUGUGUUAUUUUUCAAAUUCAUUUCUUGUCUUCAGAAACUGAAUGUUUUGGGGAGUGGGGGCAUUUUGCACAGUAAGCAAAAUGAAAAACAAAACAAAACAGCUGCCUGAAUUACUUUUAAAGAUGGGGUGUUGGGGUUGGGGUAGAAGGCACUUUUGUUCCCUUUAGAAACAUGUUGAAUUAUGUCAAUUUCAUUGUGUGAAAUGCUUGUGGCCAGUCCUGUACAGAAGCACAGUCUUUGGAGUUAACAUGUGGUCAUGCUUCUGGUGACAGUUUCCAUGUUUACAAAAGCAAGUGACUGUUUAGCACGUGUUCAGUGCUGCCCUUUGGACUUUCCAUGUGUUCAAUAAAAUAUAUUCAGAUAUUUCCUUAGUCUUCUGCAGACCUGAGCAACCUCAUGCUUAUCAAUCAAUGCAU